CUUCUUCGAUCACUCUCUACGUCUCUUGAGUUGAAUUGGAACAAACUGUGUUGCUUGCUUUGCAAUGGCAGCUUACGCAGCUCUGGCUUCGCUUAUGAACACCAUCACCAUGGAAAAGAAUCCAAGAUAUCAUCCUCACCGUCGGAUCAUCAUCGACGACAGAGGACUCAUUGAGGAUCUGCAGCAAAGGGUCGAUUUCCUUGUCAAAUUUCUUCAAAGUGGGCAGAAGGGAGCAGAGCAUUUGGAGCAGCAGAUUGCCGAUGCAGCUUAUGCAGCCGAGGAUGCAAUCGAGUCUUAUGUUGUUGAUCAAGUUCUACCUGUUGACUCCUGUCGAAACAAGAACAGAUCUGCUCUCCUGUGCGAAGAUUUAGAGAAAAUAAUACAUGAGAUGGAUUUGAUCGAGGAGAAGGUGCUGCUGAAGAAAGCUGCUGGAAUUAGUCCGAUGUUGUCAGGAUCAUCGAGUGAGCCCACACAUGGCCAAAUGCCAGAAAUUAAUGAGCCGCAUCCGGCGACAUGCUCGACUUCCACUGAUUCUUCGAAUGCUAAAGUACUUGUCGGAUUUGAGGAUGAAAGAAUUAAAGUAGUCAAUAAUCUUACACGGGGAGUUUCUCGCCGAGCUGUUAUACCACUAAUAGGGAUGGGCGGGUCGGGUAAGACUACGCUUGCUAAAACUAUCUACAACGACAAGGAUAUAGCGCAACAUUUUGAUAUUCGUGCUUGGGUAACGGUAUCUCAAGAUUAUAACACUGAGAAAAUUCUUCAAGCCAUUUCUGGGGAAAAGUAUUCGGGGAAUGAUGAAAGUUCGGGAGAUCAAGUACAUAGAAGGCUCUUCGGCCGGAGAUAUUUGAUUGUUCUUGACGACAUUUGGAGCAUUGAAGCAUGGAAUGAGAUACAAAGAUUCUUUCCCAACAAUGAUAAUGGAAGUCGAAUUAUGGUGACAACAAGGCUUCUCACUUUUGCCAUAGAUGCAGGAGCUUCUUGUGUAAUGAUGAAGCCGUUAGACGAAGCCGACAGCUGGAAAUUACUUUGUAGAGCCGUGUUUGGCGAAAAUAAUGUUUGUCCUCUCGAAUUGGCGCAGAGUGGUAAGAAGAUUUCGCGAAGUUGUAAAGGACUUCCUCUAGCGAUUGUAGUCAUUGGAGGAUUACUUGCGACGUCGAAUGAAAGAAAUUAUUGGGAGCAUGUCGCCAAACUAUCCGGCGCUGCUAUACAAUUGGAUGAGAGUUCACGUUGUCUCGAAAUAUUAUCGUUGAGUUAUAAUCACUUACCCGUUCACUUGAAACCGUGCUUUCUUUACAUGGGAGUUUUUCCGGAAGAUUAUUCUAUUCCGGUUUCGAAGCUCAUCAAAUUAUGGAUUUCCGAAGGUUUUCUAAUACCAGCUGAAGGGAAAAGCUUGGAAGACAUUGCUGAAGUAUACUUAUGGGAUCUUCUUGCAAGAAAUCUCAUUACAGUUCGGCGCAUGAGUUCUCAGAGGAAAGUCGAAUCUUGUGGCAUCCAUGAUCUUUUGAGAGAGUUUUGCUUGAAGGAGGCUGUAAAGGAGAAUUUCCUAUGUGUAAUAACAUCGGCUCACCUUACUAAUCCCCCGAGCAUGAAUCAUCAGCGCCGCAUUGCCGUGAUGCUAAACACGUCGAAAGCAGAGGAAUACCCGUAUCUUAUGGAUUCAUUGCUAUCAGCACCAAAUCCUCGUACACUUAUUGUGCAGAAUUACGAGGGAUUGUCAAGGGUGAUGGGAUCUCCUACUUUCAAAUUGUUGAGGGUAUUUUUUGUAAUCGGCGAUUAUCACGACGAAGAAGUAAUAAAGCGCGAAUCCAUCUCGAAGGUUUUGUUUGAUCUAGUGAAUUUGCGGUACCUAUCUUGUAAACCCGACGAGGAGUUUAUGAAUAUGUUGGCGUCGUCGGUAGGUCUCUUGGGAAAUCUCCAGCUUCUAGCCAUAGAGAACUACAUGCAUUCUCCGAAUGGGACGCCCGAGAUUUGGAAACUGCCUCAUCUUCGUCAUCUUGAAUUCGAAAUUAUUUCUCUCCCUGAACCAGCAUUGGACGAACAAGAACAAGAAGAUGACACUAUCUUACAACAUUUGCAGACAUUACAACAAUUGUUAAACUUCAGACUUGGGGAAGGGAUCAUGAAGAAAAUUCCGAAUACGAAGAAAUUGGGGCUAUGGUACAACGCAAAGUUUGGCAAGCGCAAGAAGUUGUCGGAAUACAGUUUCCACAACAUUCAUCGUUUGCAGAACCUCGAAUCCUUUGUAUGCACUUUCUUCUAUCCUCCAGCUAGAAAUGAGUUGCUACAAAGUCUGGAAAACUUACCACAUUCCCUUAGGAAGUUGUCUUUGAGGGGCUGUCGACUCUUAUGGAAAGAUAUGAGUGUGAUCGGUUCGCUACCGGUUCUUGAAGAGCUUGAACUGAAAAUGAAUUCGUUUCGAGGGCGAAUGUGGGAUCCGGUGGACGGGGAAUUUCUUCGACUGAAAAUUCUCAUAAUGCACGGCAUUGGUGGCCUUAGACAUUGGAAUGCCGAUAAAACACAUUUCCCGCGCCUCGAGCAACUUAUUCUUUAUAAUACGCGUGAUUUGAAGGAAAUACCUAUGGAGAUCGGAGACAUAUCGACACUGUGGCUGAUCGAAUUAAGCGAUUGCUCGGAUACAUUAGUCAUUUCAGUUAAGGAGAUUGUUCAGGAGCAACAGGAGUUGGGAAAUGAUAAACUUGAAGCUAGAGUAACUCUUGGAAGAGAUAGCAAACUAUCAGGUGCAGAGCUGGAAGGGGACAAUUUUAUGGUCGACACAGGAUUUCAAAACCCCAGCAUGGAACACGAAAGCAAUGAUGAAGAAUCUCCAGCUUCUGAGGAGGACUCCGAUGGCGAUGGUCUGGAUGAAUUGACGCCAUCUGAGAAAUGCAAUGCAGAGGACUAUGGCAGCGAUCACAACGACAAUGAUGACGACGACGACGACGACGAAGAUAACGACGACAGCAAUGAUGGACUAAUGGCCCAGAUUUUGGCUCUUGGGAUUAUGGACAUUGUUGGGUGAGCUUUGUUCUAAAAUGAAAUCCACUUGUGCAGGUGAAAAAUUAUGUCAAUUAAUAUUUUAUUAUUUUGUUACUCAUUUGCUUAGUCAUCUGUGUGAUUCGAUAGAGUCUUCUGUCAAUUUUUUAAUCAUGUGUGACACAGCAAUUUUAACAUAAUUUAAUUGUUUAAAUGGUUGUUGUUCUAAACUGUUAACUUUUUACUUUUAAUA